AUGGCGCAAACAGAGGAAGGUGGAAACAGAGCAACCCAACAGGUGUUCUCAAUGCAAGUGAGUAAUUUUCCGGGAGAUCUGCUGCAGAAAAUAGUUUCCGGGAAUGAUUUUCCUGGAAAAUUCGAGGAGCCAACCCAAGAUUCUGAGGAGAUUGAGCUAAGCCUCGGGCUUUCAUUGAACGGUCGAUUUGGGCUGGACCCAAGAGCCAAGUUACUGCCACUCAAACGCUCGUCGUCAAUCCCUGACUUCGCGUCGACCCCAGCAAGAGACGAGGACACGACAUGUGGUGUAUCUGCGCCGUGCAUGGUGCCUCUGAUGAGGACUUGUUCUCUGCCUACGGAAACAGAGGAGGAGUGGAGGAAGAGGAAGGAGUUGCAGAGCUUGAGGAGAAUGGAGGCGAAGAGAAAGAGGUCCGAGAAGCAGCAGAGGAAUUUGAAGGUGCCCAGAGAUCGGAGCAGAGAGAACUUUGAGGAAGAUAGGAGAGGAGGAGAAGCCAUGAAUGGGGUUCAAAGUUAUAGACAAGAGCAGUUUGUGAAGGUGGUGGAUGAGUUUAGAGCUAUGGGGAUCCCCACUUGGGUAUCUGGUGAUAAGGGUAAUUGUCCGGUUCCUCCACCGCCAGCAUCUCAGAGCACAAUUGGGUCUCAAGGAAGUGGCUCAUCUGGGAUUUCAGAAUCUGAGAGCCAUGCUGCUGCUGCUGCUGCUGCUGCUCAAGGAGUGCACAAAUGCACUGAACCAAGAAGCCAUGCCAAUGCUCAGUCUUCUCCAGAGACUGAUAAUAAGGAACUGCUAGUGACCCCUCGAAUGAUAACCACCGAAAGAUCAGGUCAGUUCAACAGAGUCCAAAUGGAAAUUAACUGUGAUAAACCCACAGUUCCAGAAAAAGGAGCCAACAACAUUGUGAGGAAUGUGUUGGAAAAUAUGCCUUGUGUGUCUACAAAAGGUGAUGGCCCCAAUGGGAAAAGAAUAGAAGGGUUUCUUUACAGGUACAAGAAGGGUGAGGAAGUGAGGAUAGUAUGUGUUUGUCAUGGCAGCUUUCUCUCUCCCGCCGAGUUUGUGAAGCAUGCCGGCGGUGGUGAUGUAGCACACCCUUUGAAGCAUAUAGUAGUCAAUCCAUCUCCGUUUUUGUAG